GUUUCCCUUUGUUGCCAUCUCCAUCGCCUUCACCAUCAACAAGCAGACAGAGUUUGGGAUCGUUUACAGCUGUGUGGAGGACAAACUGUUUCACGCUCAGAGAGGAAGAGGAGCAUUCCUGAACGGAGAGAAGCUGCAGGCCUCCGGACAGGAAGACGUCAAGAAGUGUGUGGUGGUGACGGAGAUCGGGGCAGAGCGUGAUGACCUCGCUCUGUCCACCAUGACCUCCAACAUCCUCCGGCUGCUGCAGCUGCCCGUCCAUGGGGUGCGUGCGCUGGGCACGGCAGCGGUCGACAUGUGUCAGGUGGCGACGGGCGGCGCUGACGCCUACUAUCACAUCGGGAUGCACUGCUGGGACAUCGCCGCCUCCGCCAUCAUCGUGCAGGAGGCGGGGGGCGUCGUCAUGGAUACUGAUGGCUCAGACUUCGACAUGAUGUCACGCAGAGUGAUCGCAGCCAGCUCCACCUCGGUGGCCAAUAGCAUCGCUCAGGUGGUCCAGGCGUUCCCCUGUCGCCGUGACGACGAGGAUCCAACCAGGUGUGUCUGCGGAGCCGCAGGUGUGAAGGGGGAGUAGGUCAGCUGACAGGAAGUGCUAAAACUGAAGAAAUACAUCAAUCGUUCCUGAAAAUGAUGCAUGAAAUGAUCAGUGAUACACCUGUCACCUGAUGUAAACAUGUACAGGUAAUGAUCACCUGAUGUAAACAUGCACAGGUAAUGAUCACCUGAUGUAAACAUGCACAGGUAAUGAUCACCUGAUGUAAACAUGCACAGGUAAUGAUCACAUGAUGUAAACAUGCACAGGUAAUGAUCACCUGAUGUAAACAUGUACACUGUACAGGUAAUGAUCACCUGAUGUAAACAUGCACAGGUAAUGAUCACCUGAUGUAAACAUGCACAGGUAAUGAUCACCUGAUGUAAACAUGCACAGGUAAUGAUCACCUGAUAUAAACAUGCACAGGUAAUGAUCACCUGAUGUAAACAUGCACAGGUAAUGAUCACCUGAUGUAAACAUGCACAGGUAAUGAUCACCUGAUGUAAACAUGCACAGGUAAUGAUCACCUGAUGUUAACAUGCACAGGUAAUGAUCACCUGAUGUAAACAUGCACAGGUAAUGAUCAGCUGAUGUAAACAUGCACAGGUAAUGAUCACCUGAUGUUGACAUGCACAGGUAAUGAUCACCUGAUGUUAACAUGCACAGGUAAUGAUCACCUGAUGUUAACGGCGGACUGAUGCUGUGAUUUUGGCCUUAUGAAUAAAAAUGACUAAAUGAAUCUUCAAA